AGAGGUCUUAUGCUUGUUGACGAUUGGAGGGUGGAAAUCUGCUGAAGCGACAAAUCAAUUUCUAAAUUGCAUUUACUGUUGACAGUGCCCAUUACGAAAUAACAAGUGAUUGUAGUAUUGUUAAACAAAAAUGCAAAAUUAUUUAUUUUAAAUUAUUAAGUGCUACAGUUAUCUUGUGCCAAAGUCCAAUUCCGGAGCAGUUAGUUGUCAAUAUCAACAUGGUUGACAACAGCAAUCUGCGCAGUGCCGUUAUCAGCGAAUCGCCUUUGCUGCCUUCAGGUUACAGUUUCGGGCUGUCCGGUGGCUUAAGCAGCGCACCAGAUGUACUACGGACACCCCAUGUAGGAAAUAUACGCUCCUUGCCUAUAUUACCGCCCCCACUACCCCAAUCAAUAAAUGAGCUCGGUAACGGGUACGAUAGAUACGGCUAUGGAAUUUAUGGAUCCGCUAAUUUAGGGUACGGCCACAGCAAUUACGGUGGUCUGGGCUGUGGAUAUGGAAGUCAUGGAGGUUACGGUUCUUUUGGAUACAACAGAUUAGGUAGCGCAAAUGUAAUUUCAAACAAUUUUGAGCAACGUUUCAUACAACUUGCUGAAGCAAGUUCACGUCCGGCAUUUCAAAGCAUUGAGUCAUUGGUCUCGACCAUAGGAAAUAUAGCUUCUAUGCUAGAUUCCACGUUUUUUGCGUUAACAAGUUCGUUUCGUGCUAUUCUUGGUGUGGCGGCAAACUUUGAACGGCUGCGUGGCGUCUUUGCGCAGUUCUGGUCCACGCUUGCGAUAUUUCGCGCCCUUAAUUGGAUUUACAGAAAAAUUAGUUUUUGGCUGCGCCUUUCGAACUGCGACCCAUCCUCGAAAGUAUUUAAAAAAGCAUUUGACGACGCCUUUAACAAAACAAAAUCCCAACAAAUGGAAUCGAAUAUUGUGAAAACACCAUCACCCUGGCCUGUGCUGGCGUUUCUCAGUUUCAUACUUACUGCACCGUAUUUCGUCAUAAAGCUGAUUGGGACAGUUACAAAUACAGCACAAGAAGAAGCACGCAAUCCUUCUAGGUGGACCGCUCCUAUACAGACUGAAGCCAUGUACGAUUUUCAAUCACGUACCCCAAGCGAGCUUUCAAUGCGCUCUGGUCAAGCUGUGCAGGUCGCACCACGUGAAAUACAACAGACAUUGGGACUUCUAAACACAGGUUGGGCCUUGGCUACCACAAAUGGCCAAACCUCGGGCAUAAUUCCAAUAAACUAUGUAAAAUCGCCAAUGCAAUUGAGCCAGGAACGCGAGCCACUUAAGCAAGAACAGAGCCAAUUUACAAAUACGACCGCAAAUGUUUUUUCUCAGCCACCACAGCAACAUCAACAAAACUUUAAUGUGUCUGUACAGCAGAAAUCGUUGGAAACACCUUAUAUCACAGCGGCGACAGAAGAGGGAACCUUCGCCCUAAGUUGAGAUAUCCCGUAAUUACAUCAUUAUUUUUAGCCACAACAUUUUUGAAGUUAUAUACAUACUAGGAGGUCUGUGUUGGGAUCAGUAUUUGUGCUUAUAAUUAAAGGUUUAUCUAUAUAUAUAAAA